AUGGCUUCGAACACUCUUGUUGAUGGUGGGGAUGAUGUGUUAUAUGCUCAAUUUUUGUCAUGUGUUGUAGAUGCACCCAGUUACCAAUUACGUGGUGUUGAACAAGUCUCUCCAAACUCUGGAACAAAGAGAUAUAUUCCAGAUUCACCCUCUUCUUUGACGCCAGCAGAGGGCAUGUUAUUUGACACAGUUGAUGAUGCAUAUAACUUUUACAAAACAUACGCAGAAGCUGGAGGUUGGACUGUUAGGAAGGGCACAAAGCACGAGAACCGUGGUAUUGUUAUAAAUAAGUAUUUUUUUUGUUCAAAGGAGGGUCAAAAAGAGUUUCGACCGGUCGAUACUUUAGUCGAACAGCCGUCUGAUAGGUGGGUACGUAGGGUACCAUCCAAAAGGACCGGAUGCCAAGCUGCGAUCAGAAUAAAGCUUACCGAUGCCAAGAAGUAUCUGCUGUAUCAUUUUACAGAGGCGCACAACCAUGAUUUUGUGCACGAAGAAGAUUUACAUCUUCUCAAGGAAAACAGAGGUAUGAAUCGUGCACACGAAGAUGUGAUAAACAAGAUGUCACAUCUCAACAUUGGUCCUGUUCGUGCAUUUAACAUUAUGAAGGAAGUGUAUGGUGGGUUCGACAAAGUCGGUGCGACUAAAGUCGAUUUUAAAAAUUUCAAGAAAGAAUUAAAUCUUUUUAUCGGAGAGCUUGAUGUUGAAAUGUUUGUCAAGCGACUGAUGCGGAAAAAUGAGUUUUUACCGAACUUCUCGUGUGAAUAUGAAACGACAUACGAAGGUGUGUUGAAGUGCAUUUUUUGGGGCGACGAGGAUAUGAAAAAGAAUUAUUUUAUGUUUGGAGAUGUUAUAUCAUUUGAUGCUACCUACAAGCGUAACAAGUAUAACAUGAUGUUUGUCCCUUUCACUGGGAUUGAUAAUCACAAUAGGAACGUCACACUUGGUGCUGCAAUUCUCGGUUCUGAAACGGCAGAGACGUAUAGCUGGUUACAUAAGGCGAUCAAGAACGCAUGUGGGUACGCGCCUCCCGUAAUCGUUACUGACCAAGACCCUGCAAUGAAAAGGGCUAUAGCGGAUGUUUGGCCUGAGUCUAGGCAUCGCUUAUGUAUGUGUAUAAUCAUGGAUAAACUCACUACAAAGGUCGGGGCUGCCCUGUAUUCAAAUACAGAUUUCAGGAAAAGACUGUCUGCAGUUGUUUGGACUGAUUCUCUAUUGCCCGAAGCGUUUGAGACUGAAUGGGCUGCUAUUUUAAAGGAUUUCGGUUUAACCGACCAUGAAUGGCUGACGUAUAUAUACGGGCUACGCGAAUCAUGGAUUCCAGCUUACUAUCACGAAGAAGAAAUGUCUAGUCUUAUGCGGACAUCAUCUAGGUCUGAAAGCGAGAAUCACUUUUUUGGCAAGAUUAGCAAUCCAAAGUGCACCUUGGUUGAAUUUCUUAGCCACUUCGACACAGCUAUUGAAGCGCAAAGACACGAGCAUCGAAAAAACGAUCAUGACACUCGAUACACCAACCCUGGAGAGUGGAGUGAUUUUGUUCUCGAGAAGCAAGCAGCUCAGAUAUAUACCAGAACCAUAUUUUUUGAUGUUCAACUCGAGAUUCAACAUGCUAUUCAUCGUUGUACUAGUGUCAGAUUAGAUCACGUCGGUGAUUUCAUUAAGUUUUUUAUAAAGGAUCUCGAUCAGCCAUGUUCUUCGUUUUUCGAGGUUAUGAUACGCAAGGAGGAUGUUACUGUUAAGUGUAACUGCAACAGGUUUGAGCAGUUUGGAUUGUUGUGCAGUCACAUUUUUUGUGUGUUACGGAUUCUUGAUGUAAGGGAGUUUCCGAAACAAUAUAUAUUGAGGCGUUGGACGCGUGAAGCUGUUCCAAAUAGUUCCCCCGGGUCCAUUCUUACGGAUGGUGGAGAUCCAGAUCGUAGCGAGGAGGUUAACCGUUGUGUUCGUGAGAUUAGUCACGCAACUGAGUAUGUUGUGAACAAGUUGAUUUCAAAAUUUGAUCAGUUGUCUGAUUUUCGUGAUCAUAUCAAGCAGUUUAUGUCAGUCGCUGAUGAAGCUCAAAUAAAUGCACCUCCCAAGACACGACGUAAUCGUUUUGCUGAACUGCUGGGAGUUGCUCCAGAGAGCACGGCCACUAUCCGUGUUCCAGUUGGUACCAGAGUAACGUGUUGGAAAUACACCGUGGUUGUGCCUGAGGCAGGUGGUUCGCGGAAUGCUGAAGGUAAUGUAGAUACAAUUGCUGAAGGAGUCGAUGCUACAGUUGUUGAAGGGGAUGGUCCUGGAUCAAACGAUGCUGAUGAUGUGUUUUACACAUCUGGAAACGAUGCAGAUAUGGAUGAUGAAGACAUGGUAGAGUAG